UUCUGUGUAAUUGUCGUGGUGGUGACUUUCCUCCUCAAGUCCUUGUCUUGGAAGGGAAAGGAUGCCAUUGUGUUCCUCACCAUCCAGUCGUGUCACCAACCGUGUUGUCUGUGUGCCGGACGUUAAUUUUGAUUGUGAUUUAACGUGCUUGUCCCGCAAGGAUCGCGGCAGUGACCGCCUUUGUUUAGUAUUUUGUGAGCCGCCACAAUAGGUGGGUGUGGUAAUUGUUUCCUGGAUUGCUUGAGUAAUUCCACAUGUUUAGGCGAUAAUUGUUUGUUAAUGCGUCUGAUGAACUCUUUAAAUUUUUAAUGAUCUAUCCCAUAUUCUUUCUGUUGUGGUGAAAAAGGGAGAUUGUGAGCAUAAAGUAAUCCAAAUUUCUGUCUGUGAAGUGAAUGCAUUGAAGCACUCGACAGAAAACCGCGAAAAAAAUAAAAAAAAACACGCAAAUAAAAAAAAAUGGAAGUUACUGAGAAAAUCAACAUUGAAACGAUGUCAGUGAGAAUAACGGAAACAAAUAGUCAAGUGUACGCGACAGCCAUAGUGUUUAAUUAUUAUAUGUCCCCUCUUUCCUUAUAUAAGUUAGUUAGCAGGAAGGCUGGAAAUUCAUAAGUAAAAAAAAUAAAUAAAUAAAUAAAAAUUGUUCCCAGUGGAGUGCUUGACAUUUGAAAUUCGCGCCACAAUGUGGAACCAAAACAGUGCCGUUGCGAAGAUUGUAUAAUUUGUAUGGCCACCACCGAUCGGAUCUCUCCCUCGCCACAGCAUCCUCACGUAAAUCUACAUGUAAAUACAUCACCAAGGCAGGAACUUGUUGUUGCGGUGAUGAGUGUGUUAUUCUGACAGGUAACAUUCCACCAGACCACCACAACCACAAGUACAGUAUGAAGUGGCAGUCAAACACACCACCACUACCACUACUACCACUACUACUACUACUACUAACAUGUGUGGAAGCUGCCGGUCUCUCUCAGCAUCACUACGAUUUUGGGGACUGGACGGCAAUAGUGGUGCUGACGGCAGUACUGGAGUAUUAAGGAUGUUAGGCAGCCAUUAUACAGUGGUGGAUGGCGGGCUGGCUUCCACACUGCAGGCUGAGGGGUACGAGGUGGAUGGCGACCCAUUGUGGAGUGCUCGGCUGCUGGCAACACACCCAAGCGCCAUUAAAAAGGUACACACAUUAUUUUUAGAAGCAGGAGCAGAGGUGGUGUGUGGCAGUUACCAGAGCAGUGUGCCAGGCUUCCAGCAGCACCUUGGCACCACACAGAAGGAGGCACUGGCACUUAUUGAACGCUCGGCCACUUUGGCACUCGAAGCUGUACAGGAGUUUGAGGGGAAGAGAGGAACUGGAGGUCAUCCAAAGCUCGUUGCAGGGUCAGUAGGGCCCUAUGGAGCAUGCCAGGCAGAUGGGUCAGAGUACACUGGGUCAUACAUUCCCUCUGUGACCCAAUGUGACCUCGCGACCUGGCACCGACCCCGCUUGGAGGUGCUGGCAGGGGCAGGGCUGCAGCUGGUGGCACUGGAGACACUGCCAGCACUGUCUGAGGCCUUGGCACUCCUGGGGCUUCUGCAAGAGUUUCCUGAUUUAAAUGCUUGGGUCACCUUCUCCUGUAAGCACGCAAGUUAUGGAGACAAUUUUGGUGAAGCAGUGAGGUCGUGUUAUGAGCAAGGCAGGGAACAGCUGAUAGGGGUGGGGAUCAACUGCACUCCUCCCCACCUCAUCACCCCACUUCUUCAGGAGGCUAACCGGUUCCUCCCCUCCCCCCACGUCCUCCCCAGGGUGGUGUAUCCAAACUCAGGGGAAGAGUGGGUACCUGGCAAGUGUUUCCUACGUCAGUGGGUGAGUGGCAGCUUAUUGCACAAGAGUUCGAGUCCAGAUGGCACUUCCCAAACUGUCUCGGGGCGGUAGAUGGCAAACAUGUACGGAUCACGCCACCACCAGAUUGUGGUUCAUAUUUCUGGAACUAUAAAGGGUACAACAGCCUUGUGUUAUUGGCAGCGGUUAAUGCGAACUAUGAAUUCACCAUGGCUGACAUUGGGACAAACGGCCGUGUAUCAGAUGGAGGGGUUAUUGAAAACACACAAUUUGGAAAACGGCUUUCAAAUGGGACACUUAAUCUUCCAGCAGACGCUCCCCCUGCAAAUUCUGAUACUAACUUGCCUUACGUCUUUGUAGGUGAUGAGGCAUUUGCACUGAGAACUGACUUUUUGAAACCAUAUCCUCAGAAAGAUUUGGAUGCAGAGAAGAGGGUUUUUAACUAUAGACUGUCUAGAGCACGGAGAGUUGUAGAGAAUGUGUUUGGUAUAAUGGCUUCUCGAUUUAGAGUUUUUCAUACAGCAAUAAAUCUGAAAUUAUCAAGUAUUGAAAAGGUUGUUAUGGCAUGUGUUGUCCUUCACAAUUACUUAAGAAAGACUUGUCCUUCAAAAUAUUCUCCAGAAGAUUGCUACCAUAGGGAGGAUAUUAUAGAGAAAAUAAUUUGACCAGGGUUAUCAUUGGAUCCUAAUUCUGUUGCAGGCUUAGAAAAUGGUCAAGAAACACGAAACUAUUCACAAAUUGCUAAAGAAGUAAGGGUAAAAUUUAAGGAAUAUUUUGCAAAUGAAGGUGCAGUACCCUGGCAAAACGACUUCGUGUAAGUAAAAUAAUAAAGCGUACUGUUUUGUGUAAAGAAAUUAUACAACUGUGAAAAUAAACGUAUUGUAGUACUUUGUCAUGAUAAAGUAUUUGUAAAACAAUUACACUGAACUACUGUCUGUAAAUAAAGUAAAAUAAAUAUA